GAGUUGAGCACUUGUGUACAAUCACAUCCCUUGAGUACCUGUGUUGAGUGUAAUUAAAAGUGCGCCGGUUAAAUUCCGCCCUUCAUUCUCAUUUGUGCGCAAUAAUUUUUUCGUGGUAGUGAUUUGAAAAAUAAUUCAUGGCUUUUCCAAGGAGAACGAUAAAUUAAAAUGAUGAAAAUCCAACUCUCCGGAGACUUCAAAAUAUUCCCGAACGAUUUAACAAUUACCUAAUAGACAACUGAAGAUAAUGCCGCUAUCAGAAUGAGAUGGAAAUUGCGCUUCUAUUGUUUGACGAUGAAACAUCGAUACGAGGCAUUGUAUCGGGACUCAAUGGAAAACAGUAAUCUGGCAAUUAGUAAAGAUGACCGUGUCGUAUCAGUACGAGGUCGCAAGCUCGACCAGCGGUGGAUUCACUCGACUCCUGUUUAUGUGGAGGGGCUCCCUCUACAAACUGAUCUACAGGGAAUUGCUGUUAUUCUGUGUACUCUUCGGGGCUAUUUCUGCUAUCUAUCGAUAUAUUUUUAAUGACACCUACAAGAGGAAAUUUGAAUUGCUAGUAGUCUACUGUGACACCUUCAUCAGUCUCAUUCCUCUGAGUUUUGUCCUCGGUUUUUACGUUGCAUACGUAGCAGCACGAUGGUGGCAGCAGUACAUGGCAAUCCCCUGGCCAGACAAAGUGAUGCACAGUGUCGCCCUGUACGUGACGGGUAACGACGAUUAUGGACGCAUGCUGCGUAGGUCAUUAAUGCGCUACCUCAACUUAUCACUGAUAUUGGUUCUGCGGUCCAUAAGUUCGGCCGUAAAACGCCGAUUUCCAACGCUAGACCACGUCGUUGAUUCGGGAUUUAUGACUGCGCUGGAGCUAGAACUGUUUCUAUCGGUGCCUAGUGUAGAGUUUAAUACCUAUUGGAUACCAUGCACGUGGUUUAUCAACUUACUCAAGGAGGCUCGACGGACGCACAGACUCCCAGAUGCUCAGGGACUCAAGAUUAUCAUGGAGGAAUUCAACGAUUUCCGUUCAAAAUGCGGACUUCUCUGGAGUUACGAUUGGGUAUCGAUUCCCCUAGUUUACACUCAAGUAGUUACAUUGGCGACAUACAGUUUUUUCGUAGUAGCUCUGAUAGGCAGACAAUACAUAGAAGGCGACAAGAAGCCCUUUCAAAUGGAGCUCGACCAGUAUUUACCAAUCUUCACGAUUCUCCAAUUUUUCUUCUACAUGGGAUUAUUAAAGGUGGCAGAGCAACUGAUAAACCCCUUUGGCGACGACGACGAGGACUUCGAGUUGAAUUGGCUCAUUGACAGGCACACGAAGGUCUCGUAUCUCGGUGUUGAUACUCUGAUGAAUCGGUGUCCACCUCUUGUCAAAGAUAUCUACUGGGACUCGGAGGAUCUCAUACUGCCUUAUACUGAAGCCGCUGCUGCGUAUAAACGCAAAACCUAUCGUGGCAGUGUCGCCAAUAUGAUGGUUCCCGAGGAGAAGCAAACAAUGUUCCUGCCAGAAAUAACCGAAGAGGAAGAGUCCGAGCAACAAACCCCCACCCCGAGAACAUCCACCGCGAGCCUGACAACACAUUCGAACGACAGUCCCCUCAAUGGCAAGCGGCAGAUCAUCGGUAAUCCCUCAGCCUCGAAAGUCUCCCGAAAUUACCCGGAGACAGUUAUACCACUGGAUCUCCACGAGUUUAACGAGAUUGAAGGACAGUCUGUGUCGUCUGCCCAGAAGAAAUCCGUGAAGUUGACGCCCAAGGUCGAGAGGAGAAGGUUCUUUCCAUUUCCCCCGAAGGCGCAGCCCAACAUUCGCCCUUGGCCGAGUGCCACAAACCUCGAAGAAAGUACUCUGACUUAUGCGAGUACAAAGGAAAAUGGAGACCCUGAGAAUGCGCUUUCGUUAUCGAUUCAGAGUCCACCGCCUUACAUCACCGUUCGCAGUGAGUCCCAGGAUGAUCCGAGUGAAGAGGCCCAGGGUUUCUUCAACUCCGCCUUCUCCCAGGAGCAUCUUCCAGAGGUCAGCGAGGUCUCGUGCGGUAUCAGAAGCGUCGGUGACUCCCCGAAGACGAGAACUGCCCCGAAGUUCCUGGUGAGACGACAGGGCUCCGUGGGCAGUGGCCCCAAGAAGAAGGGCAUCAGGUGGAAACGACCGUUGGACACGCAUGUCAGUAGGCGAAGAACUGUGGACUGCCUUCCUUCGGCUAAGAAGAUCAUCUCUCAAACCAGCAGUACGCCGGAUUUGAAGAGUUUCACUGUUGGUGAUCAUAGAGACGUUUUUGUGCAUAAACGCGCGGUCAGUGAGGAGAAGGAGUCGUAGUGGCUUUCCGUUGGCGGGUUGUUGGGGAACAUGAAGGUCUUGGGAGGGGUAGUCACGAAAAUUUCGCUAUCUCCCUUAGAUUCGGAAAUAUUCCUCAAAAACUCAACUGGGAGAUAAGUCGACUUAUCUCCGUUUACCACUUCGCUACUGAAUUAAUGAAUCAACUUCGGACUCAUCUAUUCUUCGGCAAAAAUGUUGAAAAAACUUUGUUGAAGACUUUAUUACUAAAAAAAUCUCCAUUGAUCAUUUCGGCUAAUUCUGAUUUCCAUCCUCGGAAAUUGAAGAUUUUUUUCUGAAGAAUGAAAGGAAUAAUAACGAAUCGCUUUGAAUUAUGAAUCAUAUUGACGAUUCAAGAUCUUCAGAUUGCGAUGCUAAUUAAAAAUUCCUUUUGAUUUGCCAUCAAUUGGGUCGUGUCUCACUUUCGCUUUUAUUUUGAAUGAUUCAGACGCCGCCUGGGGGACUAUUCGAAUUACUUUUCUCAGAUGUUGUACAAUACCUUAAUGAGAACACUUGCCUCAGGCUUUUCGCUCUCUUUUUUCAUCGCGAGUGAAAAAGAAUGGGGAAUGAAGAGGGAAUAGCGGACAACUUCCGCUGAAUACGUGGAUUUUACAUUGGGUUUAUGCCCCAAAACAUGAAAGGAAAUGUUCAAACAAUUAGUGUUUUCAAUCUGUUGAGAUGAAUUCAAGAUGAGGUGUUUUGUCGACAAUGAAUAUUGUUAAUAUUACCCAAGGAAAUCUAUUUUUUAUAUAAUGAUAAUUAUGAUUCAGUAUUAUGUAAUUGUAUUCAAUCCUAGAUGGACUAAUUUAUCAGUCUCUCAAGAGGAAGGAUUAUUAUGUAGUUAAUUCGAUUUAAUUUAAUUAUUAAAUAUGUAAAUAUUGUAAAUAUGUCGAUAGUGAAUUAAUGGAAAAAUAGAAAUUAAAUGAUGAUGAUGGAUUGAUCGUGUUGGUUACCAUUUCAAUUAAAUAAAUAAAUUGAUAUUCAAAAAA